ACGCAAGGUUAUUGUACAUGCUUGUUACAUGAUAACUGCGCAGUGUAACUUUAGACUUCGUCGAGUAAAUCACAUUUCGCGUGAAUUGUGAACAUAGUAGUGCAAAAACAAUAUUUGCUGUGAACUCAUCUUUAGGAUGCACAUGUUACUUUUUUGUUUAUAAACGUCAAUAAACUUACAGUAAUUGUAAUAAAGAAAAUCUGCAAAAUGGCGCUCAUAACGAAUUACUGGAGCCUGGAUGGAAUAAUAAUUUUAACAAUUCUGUUUAUAAUCGUCUACCUUUACAUGACCCGUAAUUUUAAGUACUGGGAAAAACGAGGUGUUUUACAAAUAAAACCAACACCUUUCGUGGGCAAUUUUAUGGAAUGUCUACUUCUAAAGAAAGCCCCAUCAUAUUAUCUAAAAGAGCUCUACGACCAAGCGAAGAGUGAAGCUUAUCUAGGUUUCUACAUUUUCGAUAAGCCUUUCUUACUCCUUCGCGAUUCUGAAAUUAUUAAGAGCGUUAUGAUAAAAGACUUUAAUACCUUCUUCGAUCGAUACGCCUCGGCUGAUCCGAAUGAUCGUAUUGGUUAUGCCAAUCUUUUCGGCAUCAAAAAUCCAGCUUGGAAAAUUGUGAGAACGAAAUUGACGCCAUUCUUUACAUCGGGUAGAUUGAAAAAAAUGUUUGGCCUAAUGUUAGAAUGUGGGAAACACUUAGAUGAAUAUCUCAAUUCGCUGAAAUUGGAUGGUAAAGGAUUAAUAAUAGACGUGAAGGAUAUAUGUUCUAAAUUAACUAUGGAUAUAAUCAGUAGCACUGCUUUCGGGCUUGAUGUGAACGCGUUCAAAGAUCCGAACGUUGAUUUCCGCCAAUAUGGCAAGAUGAUAUUUCAAACUAAUUAUAUACGUGGCUGGGAGAUACUCGGAUUUUUCUUUCUUCCAAGUCUAGUUCGUGUGUUUAAACUAACAAUGUUCGGUAAGGAGACUACUAAGUAUUUGCGUAAACUUUUCUGGGAGACAAUGACUAGACGUAUAAAUUCUGGCGAGAGGAGAUACGAUCUUAUCGAUAUUUUGAUCGAGCUCAGGAAGAACAAUAGUGACGAAGAAAUUGAGAACUUCAAAUUCGAUGGGGAUGAUCUCAUGGCACAAGCAGCAAGUUUCUUUUCAGCUGGUUUCGAUACUUCCGCAGUACCGACUGCUUUCGCGUUAUAUGAACUCGCGUUGCAACCCGACAUUCAAAGUAAACUGAGAAAAGAAAUACACGAGGCGCUUAACAAUUCCGAUGGAAAUAUCACAUACGACAUGAUCAUAUCGUCAUUACCAUAUAUGGAUAUGGUGAUAGCAGAAGCUUUGAGAAAGUAUCCACCGUUGGGAUUUUUAAAUCGCAAAGCAAUGCAAACUUACAAAAUACCGAAUUCUAAUCUCGUACUUGAGAAGGGUACACCAGUUUACAUCCCGAUGCUUGGCCUACAUUAUGAUCCGCAAUAUUUCCCCGAUCCUGAUAAAUUCGAUCCGGAACGAUUUAGUGAGGAGAACAAACGCAAUAUACCGUCAUGUGUUUACUUUCCAUACGGAGAAGGUCCACACGCGUGUAUAGGAACUCGCUUCGGACAUUUACUGAUAAAACUAAUACUCACUAAACUCUUAAAUGAGUGUGAAGUGACACCGUGCGAAAAAACUAUGAUACCAAUAAAAAUUGAUCCGGUAAUAUCUAUGACAACCCCGUUAAAUGGCAUAUUGUAUCUCACUUUGCGAAAAGUUAAUACUGUUGAUUAAAAUUAGAAAAAAGUAUUAACUUUUUAAUAUUUUUUAUAUACUAAAGAAAAAUAUAAAAUGUUUAAUAUAUUAACAUUAGUGGACUAAUCUGUAUUAAUAACAUCAAGGAAUAUAUUUUUUUGUCACAUGUACGUCGAAGUGUGAUCCUUGUGAAUUGACAAGUGAGAAAAGGACCAUUUUCGAUGCACAGGUAGCGAAAUAUACUAUUUCAACACGAAA